AUGGUCCCAUUUGUCUCUUUUUUGGUGUGCGCUUCUUCUGGCUGCUGCCAUUUAUUACCAUGCGGUGGCUGUGCGUGGUGUAGCUGCUGUCUCUCUCUACUUCCUUUCUCAUGCUCCUGCAGAUCGAAUCCACGUUAUUCAACAACGAUAGUUUUGACGAUGAUGCACCGUGUGUUUUGUGUCGUGUUGGUGCUGGCACUGCUGUGCUGCUGCUCGUGCGUGUUUGCCGUGGAGGAGGAGCCGCAGGUAACGCAGGUGGAUGCAGUGUGUGCGGGUAAGGACAAACUCGGGCGCUGGCAACUCCGUGGGAAGUCAUUAUGGUAUGACUGCACGGAUGCAGCUCCUGGUGCGGGAAAGAUGAUUUGCGGCAUGGGCGUCGGAAACUGUGAGCCCGAGGCUUCACAGAGUCGCACCAUAGAUGGUGUGAAGGAUGCUGUCAUCACGAUCAACGUCUCCACGUUUACUCCAGACAUCCUGAAGAGUUGGUGGGAGCGUAACGUGGAGAAAGCGGUCACCGUUGCAAUUGGUGCAGCCAAACCUCCGGAAGGACCUCCGGGCCCUCCAGAAAACAAGAUUUCUCGUGACACCUCUUCCACACCGGAUUCAAAAUCUCCUACUGCUGGCGCUGCGGCCACGACGGAUCCUUCUCCUGAGGCCUCGCGAGCACCGGAUUCCGCUCCCGCUGGUGAUCCUCAAGGCCCUUCACAUUCUACUUCUGCUGCUUCUGCUGCACCCGAAUCUCCACCAGAUCCAAAGCCCACAGAAGGCGGCGACCACUCCUCCCAUGACCCUCCAGUGGAGCUGCAGGAAGAGACUGCUGCUGCGCCACCGACUCAGUUGUCCCAGACCGGCGAGGACGGGGGUGCAGCUGGAGGCGCCGAAGAGGACACCGCCGCCAACACCACCACCGAGACUGCUUCCGGCGAAGGAAAUAAUAUGGCGGCAAGCAUGCCGGCUCCCCUUUCCUCUGCGCCCACAACGAACGCGCUGGAGAAAAGUGUGGGAACUGACGCCUGCUUCCAUGACACCCGUCUGCAUGCCCUGCCAUCGCUUGUUCUGGCUGCACUCACCUACGGGACACUGGGCUGA